CCUGUUUACCUAGCCUGGACUCCAUCCACCAUCAACAUUUCAAUUGUUUCCCCACUCCCCGGUUGUGCGUUGUGCUCGGAAAUGUCAUCUCUGACUGGAACGUUGAAUUUGUAGCGCGCUCGAGGCCGAAAGUUACGCGUGAUCCAGGAGAUCCAAAAUUUUCUUUGAUAUUCUGCUAGACUAGACCGCGAAAUCAAGUUCCAGGCUGCCGUCCAGGACAUUCUCGAGCCUCCGCUAUCAUUGUAUGCUUCAGGAAGUCUCCCCUGGUUGAAGCUAUGAGCGGCUAGUUAAAAGGCGCCCAACGUUUGAAGGGACACCAUAUUAACAAAGGCUCAGCCACUUUUUAUUAAAGACUCUGCGGCUUAAGUAUGUCAUGUGUCAUCCUCUCUCGUGUCGCUCUCCGCUCUCUCCGCUCUCCCGCUCAAAGUCGGUCAAUAUGGGUCCCAGCAAGCGUGAAGCCACACCCUAACACGGAUCACUUCCCCUUCAACUACCGCAACAAGAAGUCAUUUGCUGUCGGUUUCUACUCAUAUCUCGGUUUCGGCUUUGCCUUGCCGUUUGUUGCAGUUGCUUGGCAAUGGUACAAGCCCGGAGGCCUCAAGAACUCUGCUUAGACGUUCAGCUAUUUGUUGGACCACUAGAGGGUGUAAAUUACUAUAAAUUAAGACUGCUUAGCCGCAGAACCAUUAAUCUAGAG